GCCCCUGGAAAGCUGGACCCUAGCCUUGAAGAUCACUAUCUUUCACGGCAUGUCUUGCGCACAAUAUCGUUGUCCCUGCCAGGGACAGCAUCAAUGACGCUGUGAAUGUGUGAGGCGCAGUCACAACGUUCAAUGAUCUGAUACGGAGCGUCCGACAUUUAAUUCGCCUCUUCACUGAUAUUAAAUGUCCGAACAUUCAUGUAAUUUACAAGAGCUCUUCAAUUGAGAGUCUUCAAUUGCUCCAAGAUAUCCAAGUUACCACUUGCAACAAUAUACUUACUUCACAAGCAUGGUACAUUUCGGUGGCAAGCCGUCGACAGGCUGCGAAUCAUGUCGAGCACGAAAGAUAAAGUGCGACCAAAAGCCAGGUGGAUGUGUCAAUUGCGAAAAGAAGGGCUAUGGAUGCUCUGGCUACCGGGAUGAAAUCGACUUGAGAUUUCGACAUGAAAGCCAGCACGUCGCUCAAAAGUCUAGAGACAGAGAGGCAAGGAGGAAAGCUUCCAGGUCACCUCUGCCUGGAUCAUCAGCCUCUUCCUCAUCGGCCAACACGUCUCGCCCUCCUGAAUUCUCUCAAAGCAAGUCUGGAAACAGUAGUGCUUCAAUGUUGGACACGAGGAGAGCACUCGGCGAUGACUUGAUAUCCUCUCAACAAGACAGCUUCUUGCCAGAUCCAGCUCUAUCCUACGUGCUGUCUCCAAAUCUCGACGAUCAAGCUCUAGCGUUCUUCUUCUCAAACCACGUUAUCGGCGAAUGGCGGGCAUCCUAUAGAGCCAAUCUCAACUCUUACGGCAUGGACGAUGCCCUCUUCGCAGCCGUGAAAGCAGUUGGUCUCGCUGGAAUCUCAGGCCAUGCUCACACACCAGACAUGAGCGUCGAAGCAAGGAAACGUUACCUAGCAGCCAUCCAAAGCGUCAACAAUGCCAUUGUUUUCCCCGAGAGUGCGAAGAGGGACAGUACCCUCGUUUCCAUCAUGCUAUUAAGUCAAAUUGAAGCUCUCGAAUGCUCUGCUCCACGAUCACUAACGGCUUGGGAGAACCAUGUCAAGGGAGCUGCCGCUGUGCUCAAGUUACGAGGAGCGGAGAAACUGACAACUCCUCUCGAGGUUCGACUGUUUGUGCAAGCAGUUUCUGGUUUGAUUGUUUGCUGUCUGAAGAAUCGAAUCCAUUUGCCAGACCAUUUAUUUGAAUUGAGGGAUGUUGCGGGGCAAUGUAUGCAGACAAAUGCACCUGGAUGGCGAAUGUUCCAUAUGCAUAUGCUGGUCACGCAGUUUGCAGCUGAUAUCAAACACAAAAUACUCACAGAUCCGCAAUCCAUUAUCUCACGCGCACUAGAGUUGGACGAAAUGGUAUCACUGAUAUUCCUCGAUUCAGGACCAGAAUGGACAUUUGAGACCAUAUACGACGACUCCCAUCCCGAAAUCAUCCUCCUCGGCCAUUACUAUGUGUACAAGACAUUCAUGUCUGCAGAAGUCUGGAACGGAAUGCGAUCCACUCGAGUCCUUCUCCACGACCAGAUUCGGAGUACGCUCCUGAAAGGUUUCGCUACGCAACCUCCUUUAUUCUCUGACGAGAUAUACGCAGUGCAAUUCCAAGCUUCAACAGACAUCCUAUACGAGAUGCAAAAUGGACUCUUGGCUAGCAUCCCACAGCAAUUCCUCGUUAUGCCUACCUCAAGCAAUGCGCCAUUCAGGUUCCCGUGGUCGAAUUUUCAACCGGAUAUCUAUAACCCAAGUCAAAAUUCCUCGCCCGUGUUGGAACGGAUACCGCUCAUGAGAAAUGUUGGGGGAUACUUGUUGCCGUGGCUGUUGUAUAGGACGGGUAAUAUGAGUAUCACGAAGAAGGAGACCCUGGAUGCGAUUUUGAGGUUGUUGAGGUUAGCUGGGAGUGAGAUGGGGAUUCAGAUGGCGUUUGUGUUGGCUGAGCAUCUGGAGGCAAAGUUUGCUGCUGCGACUGAUCACUGA